CACAUGUGACUGCAGUUUAUACUGUUAUUAGGGCUUGACUGUUUGAAGUUUGUCUCACCCACAAAAUUCAAUUCACAAAAAAACUCAGUGAUAUUGAGAUCAAAGUGACCAUGGACAACAUGUCUGAAAUCCAGAUAGCUGAUCAAAUCAUUCCAGAAUCUGAUCUUCUAAACAACUCUGAAAAUAGCGUAUACAUUGGAAACAUUGACACCAGCUCAACAGAGGAAGAAUUAAAGAAAUUUUUCAUAGGAAUAAAUAUUUUGAACUUAACCAUUUUUAAAAAAUGCUAUAAAUGUUUUGCUUUUGUUAAAGUUGGAAGCAAGAGUGAUAUUGACAAAAUAUUUAUGUCAUGUGGUAAGCUGUUCAAGUCAAGAAAACUGAUCAUUAAGUCAUACAAACAGCAAAGUAAUGGUUCUAUAAUGGAUGAAUCUGCUCCACAAAUGGUUUCACGGGAAACUAAAUCAAAGAAAUCUAAAAAGAAAUCAGCUACAUCUCACAUGCAUAAUUCUGAGCAACUUGAACCUAAACCUGCAGUCAUGCCACCACUUGAAGAUAUUGGUUUCAAUCUGCAAGAAAAGGAAGAUAAUUCUGAAUUGAAUACCUCUGCUCUUGGAAAAAUUCUAAAGAAUGAUUAUGAAACUGUCUCCUUCGAGAAUGGAAUUAGAUUAUUUGUUGGGAACUUUCCAUAUGGUACCAGUGAGAAUGACUUGAUGGAACUUUUUCACCCAGUCAACCCUUUGUUUGCACUUGUUAAGAAUAGUGAUAACAAGAAAUAUAGCUUAUAUUGGGUGCAUCUUAUGGAGUUUCUACCUACACCUUUUUUACAGAUUGAGCAGAGCUAUCUACCUGACGGGAUUUGUGAUGUGUCUGCCUUCCUACUUAUUGAGACUUUGAAAUUUGACAAGUCAACAUAUAAAGGUCAUGUUUUGCUUGUUUCAUCACCUUAUGUUGAAGAAACACUCACUAAGGAUAACUUUUCAAAUAGUUCAGGAUCUGUCAAGGAAGUUCAAGAAAACACUAUAGCAAGUGAUCAGGAUUCUUCUGUAAGUUUCCACAAAGAAGCCGCUUGUCUGUUCCAUAUUUAUAGAGAAUUUUCUCUAGAAUCUGAACUACUGACAAAUGAAAUUGUAGUAUGUGUCACAAGAGUUGUGAGCAGGCAUUGCUUUUGGGCUCAUGUAGUUAGUGAAAAGAAUGGAAGAUGUAAAGAAUUCAUGUCCAUUCACAAAUGUUUACAAGAAACAGCUUUUAGCUGGAAGAAGACAAAAUCUGUUGGAAGAUGUGUUGCUAUGUGUGAUAGGAAAUGGUUUCGAGGCUAUAUUUUGAAAAUAAUUUCUAGUGAAUUUGCAGAAGUUUUUUUAGUUGAUGUUGGUAACAUUGCUGAAGUUAAUUUUCAGUUUAUCAGAUUAUCACCUGACGUUAUUUGGAGGCUUUCUCCAAUGGCUAGAGCCUUCAAAAUACCAGAAAGUUUCAAAGAACUUCCUGGAAAUGCUUUGCAAGAAAAUUUAUCAUUGGUUAUUCUUAAACUAGAAACUGCAAGUUCAGGUUAUAUCACACUAGUGAAAAUUAAAGAUUGAUCCCAGAUGAGCUGACUCUAUAAAUAUUUUCUUAAAUCAUGUUUUUUUCUUUUUUUACUGAAAUCUUCGAAGACCAAAAUAUGGAAGGGUUCCAUGCAAACAGCAGUUGAGCAUGGGUCAGUCAGUGCUAAGAAGCAGGCAAAGGCUUCCAUUAAAGGCACCAAGUCGAUCAUUGUACUUCAGAUGACAAUUAUGUUGAUUUAAUAAUGUUAUUUUAACUGUGAUCAGUAAGUCCAUUGUGCAAAUAGUAAUGACAAGAAGCAAAAGAAUAUCUCCACUUGAAGAUGUUUUUACUAUGUUUGAUGAAGUAUGACUGCAUUGUAUUCAAACUUCUGUUGUGAAUGACUUAGCUUUUCAUCACACUGAGAUCAACAAAGUAAAUGCCAGUAAUGCAUUGAGAAGAGAUUACAGCACUUCUUUUCUGUUUGUUUUUUUUAUAUAUAUAUUUAUAUCAUACAUGAUAAUAAAUCUUAACUCUUUCGCAUGAAGGUUGGUCUGUCAAAUAUGAGGGGGCACUGCAAAGUUCUUGGCUUUAAGGGUAUUAUGAAAGGCCUGAUCGGAGACCAAACUUCUGAAUUCUUUUACCGGGCUUAGAAAAACUGAAGGGCCGCUGCAGUAAGUGUGUGAAUCUGAGAGGAGAAGAUGUUGAACAAAAUCAUAAUUAACUGAUCCUCCUGUAUUUUCUUUUACCCAAAGCCAGGGACUUUUCAGCACCUCCUCAUAUAAUGCUUAUUUAUUCAUAUUGCUUCAAAAUAACCAAGAAUUAUCUCAAAGCUUCAAGAUUACAAUGAUGUGACUGUUUAUUUUUAGAAAGACAUUGUAGGGAGGUAUGAAUAUUUGGGCCAGAUAUGGCCAAUUUGAAUGUUAAAGGGUUAAAGUUAUUAUUUUGGUGCAAAGAUAAUUCACAAAACCUACUGAAAAUUGAUAACUUAUCAAAGCCAAAGCAGUAGUGUUGAUGUAUUUGUCUCUCAAGGAAGCAUGUAAUUGACUUACUUAUCAAAUAUAUUUCUGCACAAAAUUAAAUAACAUUUCAAUUUGCAAGAAGAAUUCUUUUUUGUUUUUUAUUUUACUAACCAAUAAAUGUAUGACUAGAGCUGCCAUACUCACAUUAGCCAAG